CCUCACUCGCCUCUUAAGUCACGUCAUGCGGAUGGGAGUGUCGCUUUCACCCGGUUGAUAAUUGACCGAUCAGAAAUGGCUGCAAUGAUGUGACCAUAAAGUCCAAGUUGGGGUGGGGGAGUCGCAGCCGGGACUUGUGACGUGGUUUACGGCAUUCCGGGCAGGAAGAAAAGGGGCAGGCGUUUUAACAGGGAAAGUGCUGCGUUUGUCUGCUUGAAGACGCUUCAAUCUGGCCGCUGUCCAGGGAGAUAAGUGCGAAUGUGUGCUUGUUUUUGCUGCUUUUUUUUAAAUAACGCUGACGGGAUGUUCUACCCUCUGGAGCAUCAGUGACGAUCGGAGCUUCAAGCCCCGAAUGAAUGGACAUUAUUAGCAAGCAGCCAGCAUACACUUCAAGCAAACUUUACACAACAGUGGCCAUGUCACUUUGGAAUUAACUGUCAGUUCUUACUCAGGAGGAUUGCAAUUUCCUUUUUUUUUUUAAACUCUUCUUUCUGGUUGAUACCUGACUGCUAAAACAUGGCACUUUAUGUGGAAGGUCUGAGGAAAGGAGUGCUCAACGGAGGGAUGUCUCAGUUCCAGGAAACGAUGCGGCAGCAGCUGGAGAGCUCCAUGCACGCCGAGAUGGAGAAACUGUUGAACACGGCUUCGGGCGACAACAGAGAGGUGUGCAGGAAAGACUUUGAGGGCUUCAAGAGUCUUUUCCACAGAUUUCUGCAGGUGAAGGGGCCUUCAGUGGAGUGGAUCAAGAUACAACGGCCGCCCGACGACUCGAUCCAACCCUACGACAAGAUCGCUGUGCGGGGCCUCCCGGAGGGCGUGGCCCACAGCCUGAACAAACUAGUGGUGGUGAAGCUGAACGGAGGCCUCGGUACCAGCAUGGGCUGCAAGGGCCCCAAGAGCCUGAUCAGCGUCCGCAACGAGAACACCUUCCUGGACCUAACGGUGCAGCAGAUCGAGCACCUGAACAAGACGUACAACACCAACGUCCCUCUGGUCCUCAUGAACUCCUUCAACACGGACGAAGACACCAAGAAGAUCCUGCAGAAGUACACGCACCACCGUGUCAAGAUACACUGCUUCAACCAGAGCAGGUACCCUCGCAUCAACAAGGAGUCCCUCCUGCCCGUCUCCGCCAGCCUGACCAUGACUGGCCAGAACGCCGAGGGCUGGUACCCGCCGGGCCACGGCGACAUCUACGCUAGCUUCUACAACUCGGGUUUGCUGGACCAGCUGAUCGCUCAGGGCAAGGAGUACAUCUUCGUGUCCAACAUCGACAACCUGGGCGCCACCGUCGACCUGCACAUCCUCAACCACCUGGUCGGCCAGCCCAACGGCAAGCGCUGUGAGUUCGUCAUGGAGGUCACGGACAAGACGCGCGCAGACGUCAAGGGCGGGACCCUGAUCCAGUACGAUGGCAAACUGCGCCUGCUAGAGAUCGCCCAGGUCCCCAAAGCCCAUGUGGACGAGUUCAAGUCGGUGUCCAAGUUCAAGAUCUUCAACACCAACAACCUGUGGAUCUCGCUGGCCGCCAUCAAGAGGCUGCAGGAGCAGAAGGCCAUGGACCUAGAGAUCAUCGUCAAUCCCAAGACGCUGGACGGCGGGCAAAAUGUCAUCCAGUUGGAGACGGCGGUGGGCGCCGCCAUCAAGUGCUUCGACAACGCCAUGGGCAUCAACGUGCCGCGCAGCCGCUUCCUGCCCGUCAAGACCACGUCCGACCUGCUGCUGGUCAUGUCCAACCUGUACAGCCUGGACGCCGGCUCGCUCACCAUGAGCCCCAAGAGGGAGUUUGCCACCACGCCGCACGUCAAGCUGGGCAGCUCCUUCACCAAGGUCCAGGAGUACCUGACCCGCUUUGAGAGCAUCCCCGACAUGCUGGAGCUGGACCACCUGACCGUGUCCGGCGACGUCACCUUCGGGAAGAACGUUUCGCUGAAGGGCACAGUCAUCAUCAUCGCCAACCACGGCGACCGCAUAGACAUCCCCGCCGGCUCCAUGCUGGAGAACAAGAUCGUGUCCGGCAACCUGCGCAUCCUGGACCACUGAGGCCUUUUAAACCCCGCCCAUCCUCGUCAUCCCGAUCAUGUGACCUGCUUUUCUGUUGUUGGUUUGUUUCACCUCUAGUGGCAGAUGGUUAAGGAGGACGCCUAAGAAGCAGGAACACACUGCCCCCUUCUGGCUGCAAACAAUACUCCUACAUUCUCAAAUGGGGUGGUUUAUGUCACACACCAACUUCACUAUUGCCCCAAGCAUCAUUUAGCAAUCACGCUAACGUGUUAGGACAUUUUAUGCAUGAAUCACCUUCCAUACGUCAAUCACACUACUAAUAUUAUGAUGAUGGAAGUGAUAAUUGUGUGUCCUGAUGAAAUGUAAUAGUAAUGUGACCCACGAAGGCUCGGAUAAUUGUACCAUUGUGAUUAUAUUCUUUAAAAACAAAACAAUUGCAGAAAAGUGAAGUUUGUGUGCAGAAAUAAACUUCCCUCAAAGUAACUUGUCUAAAAAACAUUUCACAAGUGAAACAGCAUUGAUGUCGCCUCCAACGUACUUGUUGAAGUGUGCAUUAUUAUUAGUAGUGUUUCUUAGCUCUUCUUUUAUGAAACCACAUGCCUACUUUGUCAGUGUCUUAGGGAGAUGCCAAACACAGUAAAACAAAUAAAAUAAAAUAAAAAUAUAUAUAUAUA